GGUCACACGCCCAUCGACUUGGCCCACCAGGUGCACAGCCCGCUGCUCAUCCACAUGCUCAACCACGUCAAACAGGAGAGGAUUCGCUCCAACUCGCGCUGCCUGCGGAUCAUCAACAGAUACAGGGUCUUCCUGCAGUUUUUGCUCUGCACUGCCAUGUUCGGAAGUGUCGGCGCCAUAGUUGAUAUGAACUCGGAGUCCUGGUUGCUCAAAGGGAUCCUGCUGGCGUGUGUGAUCGGUGUGAUUAACGUGGCCUCAAGGAACUUCCCCAGUCCAGACUUUCAGUCUCUCCUACCUGCUACAUCUCUCAUGGCUUCAGUCUUCUGGAUGCUCGUCACCUGGUGCCUCUGGUUCCUACCAGAUGGACCCAGCGCCACAGUUCAGGUCCUGUUCACUCUGAAUGCCACAGCUCUGCUCUACUACUACCUCCGCACCUGCAGGACCGACCCGGGCUUCGUCAAAGCAACCGAGGAAGAGAAGAAAAUGAACGUGUUGGUGUUGGCUGAAGCCGGCUGUUUGGACCCCAGAAUAUUCUGCACCUCUUGCAUGACAAAGAAACCGAUGAGAACGAACCACUGCUUCUCCUGCGAUGCCUGUGUGGCGAAGCAGGACCACCACUCGGUCUGGACCAACGGCUGCAUCGGUGCGAGGAACCACCACUACUUUGUCCUCUUCCUGUUCUCCCUCAUGAUGAUGGGAGCCUGGAUGUUCUACGGUUGUCUCGUGUACUGGUCGACUCACUGUGUGCUGCAUUAUGAGGAGCAGGGCGUGUGGGGCGUUGUCUCUGCCCUGGUCGGCUGCUCUCCCUGGCUGCUCGGCGUCUUCCUGCUGGCCUUCUAUCACACCUGCUGGUCGGGCUCCAUCCUGCUGCUGCAGCUGUACCAGAUUGCCUUCCUGGGACUGACCACGGCGGAGCGGAUAAACCUGACACUCCACCAGAGGAAACUCCGACAAUCCGGCUCCCUCAGACAGAAUCCAUACAAUUUGGGCGUGGUGCGGAACCUGGUGUCCUUCUUCCAGCUGCGUUGCUGUGGCCUCUUCAAACCGGCCGUCAUCGACUGGACGCAGCAGUUCCCGCCCGGCCGCGACCAACACAUGUUCGGACACACCGACAUGGUCUGACCUGCCCGCCGCCCCUCACUCAGGGUCAAGGGUCACACUCUUACAGUGGUUUUGGACCAAAAGCACAAAGUGUAUUUAUUUAUUUUUUUAAAAGGGUUGGCUCCUUCUGAAGAGAGACCACGAUAUCAGUUGAUAGAAGUUGGGGAAACAAAGCAUCGUGUAGAUAUUUGUUUGAAUCGGUUGCUCUUUGUACAGACUGCUGCUGCCUUAUACUUGACCAAUGUAUACGUGAGAUGAAAGUCACAAAGAAUUUGGGUACGGUUAAGAAACUUUUAAAGGCCUAAAUUGUAAUUGAAGUUUUCAGAUGUUUUUUUAUGAACACAUCAAGCCUAUUUUGUAUCAUCUGUUCUUGGGAAAAAAGGACCUUUGUACAUUUAAACAGUUGGUUUUAUGACUUUUGUAAGAACUGCAUGUGUUUAAUAAUGAAUGACCACUAUAUUAAUUCAAAUAAAGCAAUGUUGUGCCUGUCUUUUGAACUGGUUCUGUGUGGGCCUCUAGAACAGAAACACUGUGUCCUUUUAGCUCGUAAUUUUGGUUUCACAGUUCACAGCUGUAGACAUUCAUCAGUUACUUUCUUUAGGUUGUAUUCAGCAAAU